AUGUCCGAGGUUUACUAUGUACAUAACUUGACAAGUAAUUUGCUAAGUGUUGGUCACUUGAUGAGGAAAGAUUUCAACAUGUUUUUCGACGACUUCACUUGCCUUUUGAAAAAGAAGGAUCAACACAUUGCAAAUAUCGAUAUGAUCGGAAAUAAUAAUUUUUCGAUCAAACUUGAUAAUUUUGAAGCCUCUUCCCAUUUAACUGUAAAUGAGGAUGUUUCAAAGUUGUGGCAUGAUCGGUUCGGGCAUCUUAAUUUCCAAAGUUUGAAGGAGUUAUCAAUCAAGGAAAUUGUUCAAGGAUUCCAAACAUUAAAGCCACGGACGAAAUUUGUGAAGAAUGCCAAUUGGGGAAGUAACACCGAGAGUUGUCCGUUUGAGUACACUCUUUACAUCAAAAGAAAUUCUAACAGCGGUUUUAUGGUGGUGAGUCUUUAUGUUGAUGAUUUAAUCUUCACGGGUGAUGAUUUUGAUAUGUUGACGGAAUUCAAUGCUUCUAUGAAGAAUGAUGAUCUUGGUGGAAGUGUGGAUGAUUCUAAAAGUACUUUCGGUUAUGUAUUUAAUCUUGGAAGUGGAGCAAUUUCAUGGAGUUCGAAAAAACAACCAAUCGUUGCCCUUUCUACAACCGAAGCGGAGUACAUCGCGACUUCUUCCGUCGGAUGUCAAGUCAUGUGGUUGAGAGGAAUUCUCGAAACCUUGAGUUUCAAGCAAGAUGGGCCUCCAAUUCUUUUUUGUGAUAAUAACUCGGCUAUUUCUAUCUUGAAAGAUCCAAUUCUUCAUGGAAGAACAAAGCACAUUCGACUUCGUUUCCAUUUCUUAAGGGAACAUGUUCAUGAUGGUGAACUCAAUCUUGAGUAUUGCAAAAGUGAAGAACAACUUGCGGAUAUUUUCACUAAGCCACUUGGAAGUCCCGUUUUCUCGAAAAUUUUGAAG